AGCGCGCACGCUGUCUCAAAGAAUAUUCUGGCGGCUUUGCUUUCCUCCAAUGUAGAGAGAGCGUCCGGCAUGUUCUUGUAGUUUUUCCAUUCAUUCCUGAAUUUUGCUGAAAACAAACUAAACACGUGCGAUGCAGCAGACGUUUACUCCUCACGUGUACUGGGCUCAGCGGCAUGAAGAUAUUUAUCUACGUGUGGAGCUGAUUGACGCCCAGAAUCUCGACAUCAGCGUUCAUGAUAAUGUCCUACAAUUCAAGGCCCAAGGUCAUGGAGCUAAAGGGCAGAAUGAUUAUGAGUUCAGCCUAAUGUUCCUGAAUGCUGUGAAGACCGAGGUGAGUUAUCGGUCGACCCAGCGCCAGGUUAACAUCACCGUGAAGAAGCAGCAGAGAGGUUGGUGGGAGAGACUCACCGUACAGGAAAAGAAGCCGGUGUUCCUGGCUCCCGACUUUGACCGCUGGAUAGAUGAGUCCGAUGCAGAGAUGGAGCUACGCGAAAAGGAGAGAAAAAACUGUCUCAGCAUGGAAUCAAGACGAACAGAGAACUCACUCAUUACUCUAAAGAAAGGUCUCCUGUUCACAUACAACCUGGUUCAGUUCCUGGGCUUCUCCUGGAUCUUUGUCAACAUGACUGUCAGACUCAUUAUUCUCGGGCAAGUUUCUCUCUAUGACACAUUCUACACUAUUUCGGAUGUGAUGUUUUCCUGCCAGAUAUUGGCCAGUGUGGAGGUCCUUAACGCUGUGUUUGGAUUGGUCAAGACUGGUGUGGUGCCCACUUUUAUACAGGUGGUUGGUAGGAACUUCAUCCUCUUUAUCAUCUUCGGCAGUGUGGAGGAGAUGCACAACAAGCCUGUGGUCUUUUUUGUCUUCUACCUCUGGAGCGCCAUCGAGGUCUUUAGAUACCCGUUCUACAUGCUGGCGUGUAUCGACACAGAGUGGAAGACCAUCACUUGGCUGAGAUACACGGCCUGGGUACCGCUGUACCCCCUGGGUGUGUUGGCAGAGGGGGUUGCAGUGUUCCAAUCGAUCUCUGUGUUUGACGAGCGCAGGCUGUUCAGCAUCCCCCUACCUGAAGGCCUCGGCCUCGGCUCCUCCGUGAGCUUCUCCUGCAUCCUCUACGUCUACCUACCACUCAUGGCCAUCGGUCUGUUCAUCAAUCUCCGCCACCUUUCCAGGCUGAGGAGGAAGAGGUUGCACAUCAAGAAGAGGAAAUCUAACUGAGACCCCUGACCUACAUAAUCACCUCGGUCCUCUGCCUCUUUACCAAUCAGCCUCAUUUAGUGACAUCUUUCCAAGGGAGGCAAAUUCAAAACAGUCCCCAAACUUUCCAGAUACCCUUAUUGGAAUAUUCCUGGGAUUUGGGCAGAAUAUGCAGGAAAACAUGAAUCUAACCUGUAUUUCUAAACAUGUGGAAAUCACAAAUAAUAGCUUAGGUGUUUUGGUGUUGUGAAAAAAGCUUGAAAAUGGUUUGGUAUUAGGUCAGUGGUUCCAGGGUGUUUGUUCAAACAUCUAGUAAUUGUGAGCUUUGAGCAACAAAAAAAAAAAGCCCAGAUCUUCAGGAAGUGAAACUGACCGCUGCUUUUGUCAUGACUAUGUCAGAAUAAAAUGUUGCCAUUUUAAUCA